GUAUUUUCUAAUUCUAACUUCUUUCUUAAUAGUAUAAUCUAUGCAAGCAAGUACUAAAGUAGGUACCUAUCAAUCAAAACAUAGUCGAUUAAUUAAUUCUAUUAUUAUUUUAGGUGGAAUAUGAUAAUUAUACGCAGGUGGAUUUAGUACACCUAGCAAAGUGAUAAACAAUAAAGUGGAAUCAAGAACUAGUAUGUCUCUGUUUCCCGCGUACGCAACGACAGAGCAGCCGGGGACCCGCGGCGAGGAUCUAGUUUACGAGUGCGGGGAGGCGCUGUCGCUAUCACCGGCGUCUGAAGCCGCGCUGCUGGCGGAGCCGCCGCCACCGUCGUCGCCGCCGCCGCCACCGCACAUCUCCGCUCCAGCUGCGUCCACUGACUUCUACCUGGACCGCAAGCUGGACCGCGGCAACCUGCGCGUCUCAACACUCUACUAUCCUGCGCGUCCCGAGUACCGUCCUAGCGGCGCGGCGCUGGGCGCGGGCGGCGCGGGCGGCGCGGGGGAGCGGUACGCAGAGUGGGCGCCGAGCCUGCUGGACGAGGCGGCGACGGCGGCGGCGGACGAGUGCGCGGUCGGCGCGGCGCGGGCGGCGCCGGCCGAGCGGCUGCGGGAGCGCGCCCACGCCGCGGCGCGGCGGCGCCCGCCCGCCGACCUGGGCUGUUUAGUGCACACUGUGUUAACUCUGUCCGAUUGGCGGCGCACAGAGCGGGAGCCGUCGUUGCGCGGCGAGCUGUUCCUGCGCGAGGUGUCGGCGCUGGCGUGCGCCGGCGAGCUGGAGGCGGCGCGGGCCGCGGCCGCGGCGGCGCUGCGGGACCGCGCGCUGGCGCCGCUCUACCCCGCGCUGCUGCACACCUACGGCGCCGUGUUGCGGUCGGCCGGGCUGUGGGAGCGACUGGUGCAGCUGAUCGAGCUCGCGUUCGCGAUGAACUUCCCGCAGUCGGGCGCGUUCCCGCCGCCGCCGCGGGCCGAGCCCGAGGCGGCGGCCGAGCGGCAGCUGGCGGCGUGGGAGGCGCGCUGCGUGGCGGGCGGCCUGCCGCGGCCCGCCGUGUGGGCGCGCGUGGAGCGGGCGCGGGCCGCGCUGCACUGGCGGCCGCGGCCCGGCCUGCCGCCGCUGGAGCUGGCCGCCGACCCCGAGCGCGCGCCGCCGCCCGCCGCCGCCGCCGACCUGCUGCGGCCCGCGGGCCCGGCGCUGGCGCUGGCGCUGCUGCGCCUGGCCGAGGAGCCGCUGCUGCCGGCCAGCGACGCGGCGGCGCGCGGCGCGGCGGGCGGCGCGGGCGCGGCGGGCGUGGCGGCCGACUGGGACGCGGCGGCGGCGCCCGCGCUGCUGCAGCUGCUGCGCGCCCGCGCCGCGCGCCGCCUGCUGGCGCACACGCCGCUGCGCGCCGCGGGCCCCGGGGACACCACAGGCUUCUUCGAGUGGCGCGAGGCGUUGUGGGCGGCGGCGCUGUCGGGCACCUCGGGGGCGAUGCGGGCCGCGCUGCUGGGGUGGCGCCUGCGCACGCUGCACGCCCGGCUGCUGCUGCACGCGGACCAGGAAGACGCCGUGAAGCGCAUCCGAUGUUCGGCACGUGAGGCGGUGAAGCAGUACGGGGACGGGGAGCCGGUGUCGCUGGUGCUGGCGGCGCGACUGGAGGCGGCGGCGGCGGCGGCGGCGGGCGCGGCGCCCGAGCGCACGCUGCGCCCCGUGCUGGCGGCCGCGCGCCUGGCGCUGGCGCCGGGCCAGCCGCGGCCCGCCGCGCUCUACGCCGCCAGGGUAGUGACGGAGGUGUGUCAAGAGUGUGGCAGCGCUGCGGAUGCGGGGCAAUGGGCGCUGGUCUGCGCGGUGCUCGCGCGGCCGCUGCCGCCCGACGAGGCGCUGCAGCGGCCGCCGCCGCCCGAGCUGCGGGCAGCCGCCGCCGCCGCCGCCGCGGACGUGGCCGCUGACCUGCAGCGGGCGAUGGAGCAGGCCGAGCCCGCGCCCACCGAGCACGCGCCCGCCGAGCCGGCCGAGCGGGCGCUGCGGCCCAGCGCGGCCGAGUGGGCCGCGGCACGCGUGCAGCUGGCCGGGCCCGCCGAGCGCGCGCGGCUGCAGCGGGAGCUGCAACACGCCGUGCGUACUUCCACACGCUACAACACACUGACACACUUCCACACACUGAGACACAAUGUCACACCCUGUGACACAAUGACACAGACUGUGACACACUGCCACACACUGACGACACAAUGCCACACACUGACACACACUGUGUCUCACUGCCACACACUGUGACACAAUGCCACACACUGACACACACUGUGACACACUGCCAUACACUGACACACUGCCACACACUGUGACACAAUGCCUCGCACUGGGACACACUGCCACACACUGUGACUCAGUGCCACACACUUUGCCACAAUGCCACACACUGACACACACUGUGACACAUUGACACACUGCCACACACUGUGACACAAUGCCUCGCACUGGGACACUGCGACGCACUGGACUGCCACACACUGUGUCUCACUGCCACACACUGUGUCUCACUGCCACACACUGUGUCUCACUGCCACACACUGUGCCGCACUGCCACACACUAA